AUGAAAACACCAAAUAAUGAACAAAAACCUUCAGAAAAGGUCCCUCAAUAUUUUGAAAGCUCCAAAUCAAAUGCAGAACUCGGAAUUCCACCACAAACAGAACAAAAGAAAUCAAUAUUACUAAAUAUUGUUAAAGUAACUCCUUUAAUUCUCAAUCCAAAAGGAGGACAGGAAGUACAUAUAGUUUUUGCUUCACCAUCCAAAAUAUUACAAAAACAAGGCAAUUGUAGAUUUGGGAAGAAUAUUGUACCUGCAGGAAUUGCUGGAGAAGAAUUUCUUUGUAUCUCACCUCCUUCAAAUAAGUCGGUAUACGUGUCUAUAUCACUUGAUGGGCAAGUUUGGGCUCCAAAUGAUGUGUUAGUAUGCUAUCAAGCACCUCUUUCAGCGAAACAGAUAAUAUUCGAUAUAGUUGCAUGCAUUGUUGUAUUCUCCGGCGUUCCAUCAGCUAUUAAACCUUAUAUUUGUCCCAAGAAAAAAUCCAACGAGUUUGAUAUUCAAAAAGAUGGAGAAGAUGUUCCUCUUACUACAGCAAAAGAACAAUUAUUCGAUAAUUUUGCUUAG